UCUUCGCUAUGACGCCAGCGACGCUGGGCUCAGAAGGGUUUGAUCAUAAUAUUUAACACACCCACCCAGUAAGAGCACUAGACUAGUUCGACUGAGAAGUAUAACAGCCACCGGACAAGUGGAAACGAAAAUCUCUGCACCUGCCAAGCCGUGUAGCCUACUCUCUCUGCUGUUCCUUGAACGGAAAACGGUGACGGGAGAUUAAUAUUUUUGACAGGAUCUGGCCUAGGCUCACAUCCAGGUAUAUUCAACUUGAUAGUGCAUCACCAGUUUUUUAAAAUAUCUUCGAUUUUUUUGCGUUGCUUUUCUUUAACGCAUUUAUUUUUGCCUGUUGCUAUUUCCUACAAGGACUGUGGCUAAAUGUUUUGUCUGAAAUUGAAUAGAGACUGUCCCUCGGACUUUUAACAAAAAUGACGAUUGGACAGCAUUGACACGUUUUUAUGCUCAGCAUUGCAGGUUCUGAGGAUGGAACAGUGCUUUCGAGACGCAAUCGUGCUAAAACACAACGUUUAAAAUUCCCUAAACUAUUCACUGCUAUUACGAUUAGAUAUCGUUUUGUGGUGUAUUCAGAAUAGCCACAGAUCCAUUCGAUGUAAGGUGCCUGUUCUCCGCAAUGAGUCGGCAUGUCCAUCUGGCUGAAUAUGAAUAAUUCAGUAUUUUCUAAAAGACCAGCGCUCUGUGCGUAAACAUGGAGUUUCUGAUAUAACACGGAUUAUGUUUGGAAUGACCAGAAAAAAAUCUAAAAAUGAUCUAUAUUGGGUUUUUGCUCCAUAUUUCACACUGACUAUAAUUUCAAUCAAUAUCGGUGUUGUGUACUGCUUUUAUGGUUUAGUGAUAUAACAACUACUUAGACGUGUAUCCUGUACAAAAUGAUCAAGAUGAUACUGUUUCGUAAAUUUCGAGUUUUGAUACUCAUGGUGUUUUUGGUGGCGUGCACCAUGCACAUUAUGAUAGACUUGCUCCCAAAACUAGAGAAGCGAGCGGCGGGAUCGGAAACCGGUAACGGUGGCUGCCAGUGCGCGCACAACCCGAGCGAGGAGGCCGGGAGCUGGGGGAAGCAACGCGUUAGGUCGGUGGCGGAACCGGGCUGGCCUAACAAACACACGCUGAGAAUCCUGCAAGAUUUUAGCAACGAGCCGAGCUCAAACCUCACGUCCCAUUCCCUGGAAAAAAUCACUGCCGCUGGGGAGAGAGCGGAGUCUUUCAAACGAAUGAAACAGUACGACGGGGCAGCGGAUAACCAGAAGCUGCUCAUCAGAGACGCCAGCGGCGGUAAAACCGUUGCUGCGCCCGGUGUCUACCGGCUGUCGGCUCUGUUCGAACAUCCUUUAUACAAGACGGACCUGCCGACCCUCACAGACGACGACACCUUGUUCAACGUCAAUACUGACAUCAGGUUCUAUCCGAAAGCAGCGGGGAAUCAAGAAUGGCACAAUGAAGCCAACGUGGAAGAGGAGGAGUACCCCCCUACAGGGGAGGUGACAGCUGAGUCCGACCCCAACUGGCUUCGCUUCCACAUCGGUAUCAACCGCUACGAACUCUACUCCAGACACAACCCUGUCCUGGACUCCCUGCUCAAGGAUCUGGUCACCCAGAGGAUCACCAGUGUGGCCAUGAAGUCAGGAGGAACUCAACUGAAGCUCAUCAUGACUUUCCAGAACUACGGACAGGCGCUGUUCAAGCCCAUGAAGCAGACCAGGGAACAGGAGACACCCCCGGACUUCUUCUACUUUUCUGAUCUGGAGAGACACAACGCUGAGAUCGCUGCCUUUCAUCUGGACAGGAUCCUAGACUUCCGGAGAGUUCCCCCGGUAGCGGGAAGACUGGUCAACAUGACCAGGGAGAUACGGGAUGUGACCAGAGACAAAAAGCUCUGGAGGACCUUCUUCAUCUCCCCAGCCAAUAACAUCUGUUUCUACGGCGAGUGCUCCUACUACUGCUCUACUGAGCAUGCUCUGUGUGGGAAGCCGGACCAGAUCGAGGGUUCUCUGGCUGCCUUCCUGCCAGACCUGGCCCUGGCCAAACGUAAGACCUGGAGGAACCCUUGGAGACGAUCCUACCAUAAACGCAAGAAAGCCGAGUGGGAGGUGGACCCAGACUACUGUGACGAGGUAAAGCAGACUCCUCCCUAUGACCGCGGCUCUCGCCUGCUGGACAUCAUGGACAUGACCAUCUUUGACUUCCUCAUGGGUAACAUGGACCGGCACCAUUAUGAGACCUUUGAGAAGUUUGGAAACGAGACAUUCAUCAUCCAUCUGGACAAUGGAAGAGGGUUUGGGAAACACUCCCACGACGAGCUCUCCAUCCUGGUGCCUCUGAGCCAAUGCUGCAGAGUGAGGAAGUCGACCCACCUGCGUCUGCAGCUGUUGGCCAAGGAGAAGUACCAGCUGAGCCGUCUGAUGGAGGAGUCCCUGCUGCGUGACCGCCUCCACCCCAUCCUCAUCCAGCCCCACCUGGAGGCCAUGGACCGAAGGCUGCGCCUGGUGCUCCAGGUCCUGGCUGUCUGUGUGGAGAAGGAGGGCUACAGUAACGUGGUGGAGGUGGACUACAGAGGAGCCAGAAGGGGCAGGGACACAGCCACCCACAGGAAUCCAGGGCACAGGUAGUGAGGCCUAGCUAGGAGGAGAGGGAGAUGGGAGGUGGAGUGGUGAUACCCCUGGUUCUCGCCGUUCUCCCCAUCCUGGACCUCCAAAGAAACUACCAUUGAUGGUGAACCAACCAUGGGUGUCUGGUCUUACGGAGAGACUGGAUCCUGGAUCCUGUUACUGUGCGGGAACCGCCAUUUUGAAUUCAGUGAAUUCUGAGACUUGCCGUCAAUGCCUCUAUGGAAACUCCCAUGUAUGAGUGUUUAUAUAUAGGUACUGUUGGUCCACAGAUAUAGCAGUGAGCUGAGGAGAGAAGAGGCCUGUUCUUUUUAAGUACAGAUGUUUUAUUACUUCUCUUGGACAUGAUAAAGUGGAACCAUUUAGAUUUUACUUUGUUGGUUUUCUUAUGUUAUGUUUUUUGGGUUGUUUGAAUGCGAAUGCUGUCAUUGUUUGCUCGGGUUUGCGCUAAGCUAGCUACAGUAUCUUUGUGUUACGCAACCAAAUUAGAUUUUACUUUAACAAGUUAAAAUGUGGUUUGAGCUUUAUUCGUGCACAGUAACUGGAGGAAUGGAAUAUAAGGUUUAUAAAGCUUUAAUUUUAGAGGGAGUGUAUGAAAAUAAUAUAGUAUAUUGCUAUGAUAAAUCUCAGUGUGACCAUUACUUAUCAGUUGCCUCCAUUUUCAACCCGUCACUAUCUAUGACAAUGCUUUACGCUUCCAUUACUAUGAGACAUUAUACAGGAGGAUGUUUACGGUACAGAAAUUACCUGGUAUUUACUAAGAAAUUACAUGGUAAAAUGGUAAUUGCACAGUAAUACCCCAUUAAUUAAUACAUAAAGUACUCGUUUGGUACUUUGGGAUUCAAACAAAUCAAUCAAUUUUAUUUUAUAUAGCCCUUCUUACAUCAGCUAAUAUCUCGAAGUGCUGUA